AUGAAAUGCCUACAAAGACAACCAGAAAUGAGCAGAUCACAGGAAUUACAGCGCUAUGCCCGAAGCCAGAAGGUGGUAAACAUGAACGUAAAGCUUCUAGGUAUGGAGGGUGACCCGGACCUCCAGUUCCUCCUGCAGGGGGGAGACCUCCUUAAGGUCCGCUCCUCGUCCUGGAAGAAGACUCGCUAUUACAGACUCCAGGAGGACUGCAAGACCAUGUGGCAUGAAUCAAAGAAAACCUUCAAGACAAAGCAGACCUUUUCCAUUGACGACAUCUCUGCGGUUCGAAUGGGCCGCCAGUCGGAAGGCUUGAGGAAGAACACGGAGGAGCAGGUGGAUGGCCGCUGCUUCUCCAUCUUCUUCAAGAGCCGCCGCAAGAACCUGGACCUCAUUGCCAGCUCAGAAGAGGAGGCCAAGCAAUGGGUCAACAGCUUGCAAAAAAUUGUCUCAAGCAUAAACAAACUCAGCAGUCAGCAGAAGGCAGAGCACUGGAUCCUCAGCUGCCUGGUGAAGGCAGACAAGAACAAAGAUGAAAAGCUGAGUCUGUCGGAGAUGAAGAACUUCCUGCGUCUGAUCAACCUCGAAGUGGAUGACGAAUAUGCAGAAAUACUCUUCAAGAAAUGUGACACAUCAAACUCCGGAUACCUGUCAGGAAAAGAGAUUGAACACUUCUAUGACCUGUUGACCCAUCGGGAGGAAAUUGACGUGAUCUAUGGAGAGUACGCUAAAACCACAGGCUUCAUGAGCCCUGAUAACCUGGUUGAGUUCCUAAUGAAAGAACAGAGAGAGAAAACAACGCUGGCUGACGCAUACAAGAUUAUUGAGAAGCAUGAGCCGGAUGAAAAAGCCAAGGAGAAGAAGGUGCUGUCCAAAGAUGGCUUGAUCAUGUACCUGCACCAUCCAGACACCUUGGUCCUCAAUCCAGACCAUAAGGACGUGUACCAGGACAUGGGUCAGCCUCUCAACCACUACUUCAUCUCCUCCUCACACAACACCUACCUCAUGGAGGAUCAGCUCAAAGGGCCCAGCAGCACUGAGGCUUACGUCAGGGCUCUGCUGAAGGGCUGCCGCUGUGUGGAGCUGGACUGCUGGGACGGAUCAGAUGACGAGCCGGUGAUCUACCACGGCUACACACUCACCUCCAAGAUCCUCUUCAAAGAUGUGAUCAAAGCCAUCAAGGAGUAUGCAUUUAAGACGUCCGAUUACCCAGUGAUCCUCUCCCUGGAGAACCACUGCAGUGUGGAGCAGCAGGAAGUCAUGGCCCGCCAUAUGAGUUCCAUCCUGGGCAGUGCGCUCGUCACCUCUCCCUUAGGGGAAGGAAUGCCCACAGACUUCCCGUCUCCUGAGGACCUAAAGGGGAAGUUCCUUAUCAAAGGGAAAAGGUUAAACAAACUGGAGGCCAGUUUUGCUGCUGAGGCUGCCGCUGCCGACGACACCGACGUGACGGAGGAGGAGGAGUCCAACGAUGAGGAUGAACAAAAGGAGGAAGAAAAGAAGAAGAAGCUGAAACUAGCGAAAGAGCUGUCCGACAUGGUGAUCUACUGUAAGAGCGUCCACUUCCACAGCUUUGAGGACGCCAGAAAGAACCAGAGCUUCUACGAGAUGUCGUCCUUCAAGGAAGGAAAGGCUGUGAAUCUGGCAGAAGAGUCGGCUAAUGCCUACGUCCAUCAUAAUGUGGACAAACUGAGCCGCAUCUACCCAGCAGGCACCAGGACUGACUCAUCCAACUACAACCCAGUGCCGCUGUGGAACGCUGGCUGCCAAAUCGUGGCCUUAAACUUCCAGACGAACUGCACGGACAUGGAUGUGAACCAGGGCAGAUUCCUCAUCAAUGGGAAGAGCGGCUACAUCCUGAAACCGGCCUAUAUGAGGGACGCGGCCACAGAGUUCGACCCCAUCACCCUGACCCGAGGAGAGUGGCUGAAGCACAAGACGCUCCAUGUCAUGGUUAUAUCAGCCCAGCAGCUCCCCAAAGUGAACGACAAGAAAUCCUCCAUUGUUGACCCGGUGAUUAAGGUGGAGGUCUACGGAGUGCCGGCUGAUGUCGCUGAGAAAGAGACCAACUAUAUUGAAAACAAUGGUUUUAAUCCGACGUGGAACGAAAGCUUCCAGUUUGACGUGUACGUGCCAGAGCUGGCACUGGUGCGCUUCCUCGUGGAGGACUACGACUCCACGUCUGAUAAUGAGUUCGUUGGGCAGUACACGCUUCCAUUCAACAGCUUAAAAAUGGGAUACAGACAUGUGCCUCUGUUCAAUAAGAACGGAGACCGUCUCCCCUCUGCUGGACUCUUCGUACACAUCAUGGUCGUCGACGCUGAAUAAGAUGUCACCACCUGGCUUUGUCUCUCUGCGACAUCACACAUCCAUGUUUUAGCUGUUUGUAACUGGAUUUUAUAUCCCCCCUUUUUUUUUGGAAGCACUCUUUAGCUGUAGUUCAUGAUUAACUUAUUGGCUUAAUUCCAGCAGUUUAAGCAGAUAAAGAUCACAUUCUUCUCAUGGGACUGUGGUGUCAGUUUAAACUAAAGCUCUCCACCUACAGCUGGAAAUUAGUAGUGUUGGUUGGCAAAAACUGUACAUACACACACUCGAUAAUGCUGCAUAUGAAUCACAUUACAGGGACUAUUAUACAGACUGUUUUUAAUUGGUUUGUAUGAGUUGCACUAGUGUUGAACCAUGUUCAGAUGGUGAUGGCAUUGGAUUUUUGUUUUGUUUUGUAGACAGCACGUGUCCCUCAUUUCUGGUCAGUUAACGUAUUGUGUAUUUAAAUCUUUUUAUUCACAUGACCAGUACAUGAAUUCUGGAUCAACAUAAGCCAACGUAAAUAAAACAAAACUAUGUGCUU